AAUGCUCAGACACAAGGAGUAGUGUUUGGAUAUAAAGGAAAAAAUGGACCAAACCAAUGGGGACACUUAAACCCUCACUUCACCAAAUGCGCGGUCGGUAAAUUGCAAUCUCCAAUUGAUAUCCAAAGGAGGCAAAUAUUUUAUAACCGCAGAUUGGAAUCGCUACACCGCGAUUACUACUUCACAAACGCGACGCUGGUGAACCACGUCUGUAAUGUUGCAAUGUUCUUUGGGGAAGGAGCAGGAGAUGUGAUAAUCGAUAAUAAGAACUAUACCUUACUGCAAAUGCAUUGGCAUACUCCUUCUGAACAUCAUCUCCAUGGAGUCCAAUAUGCAGCUGAGCUGCACAUGGUACACCAAGCAAAAGAUGGAAGCUUUGCUGUGGUGGCAAGUCUCUUCAAAAUCGGCUCUGAAGAGCCUUUCCUCUCUCAGAUGAAGGAUAAAUUGGUGAAGCUAAAGGAAGAGAGAAUCAAAGGGAACCAAACAGCACAAGUGGAAGUAGGAAAAAUCGACACAAGACACAUCGAACGUAAGACUCGAAAGUACUUCAGAUACGUUGGUUCACUCACUACUCCUCCUUGCUCCGAGAACGUCUCUUGGACCAUCCUUGGCAAGGUGAGGUCAAUGUCAAAGGAACAAGUAGAACUACUCAGAUCUCCAUUGGAUAAACCUUUCAAGAACAAUUCAAGACCUUGUCAACCCCUAAACGGCCGGAGAGUUGAGAUGUUCCACGACCGUGUCGAUAAAAAAGAAACCGGCAACAAAAAGAAAAAACCCAAUUAAAAUAGUGUUACAUUGUCUAUUGGUUUGUUUAGAACCCUACUUAGCUUUGUAAAACUAAUAAUCUCUUAUGGAGUAGUGUGUUGUCGUUACGACUUGAUCUUUGUUUUCCAAAAUUUAUUAUGCGGUGUUGUGAGUUAUGUGCUACGUUUAAACAACGUGAAUCAACUAAUAUCCUCCUA